UGCUUUGCGAAUACAGAUGAAUUUGUGAGGGUUUUCAGGAAUUUUGAACACAUUGCUGACUAUUUCAACGAGCGGAUUGCCUGCGUCCCUCUAACAUUUCUGUUGGGAUUUUUCGUAUCUAUCAUCGUCCGUAGAUGGCGAGACACUUUCGACAAUAUGGGCUGGAUAGGAGAAAUGUGCACCAAUUCGCGUCUCAGUGAUACCAAUGAUAAGCCAGGUAUGCUCAACAACUCUUCCGAGAAUUUGGCGCUGACACUUACGAAUUUGCUACAAGGCGAUGAAAUGGAGAAUAGGCAAAUGCGUCGCACUAUCAUUCGAUACCACGUGUUUAUCAAGCAACAGGUUCUCGUUUUUUCCGGCGACAUUGUCAUGCGAAUUCGAAGACGAUUUCCAACAAUGGAAUCGCUAGUAAAUGCUGGUUUCCUGAAUGCCAAAGAGCUCAAAGAGUUGAACGAGGUCGAUUUGGCGUACAACAGGUAUUGGACGCCUCUCUACUGGGCCCUUGGUGUCUCAUUUAAAGCUCUUGAGAAGGAAUACUUUCGAAACGCCAUGGGCAAGAAUUUGCGUACAAAAUCUUUCCGUACCAAUCUGGCUAUUCUGUGCAAUUUCGACUGGGUUCCUAUUCCAAUUAGCUAUCCGCAGUGUUUCGUCGUUGCCAAACCGUUGAUGCUAGGCUGCUUUCAGAUUGAGCUAUAUUUUCCAUUUAUGACCAUGCUUGAGUUCAUUUUCCUCGUUGGGUGGAUGAAGGUCGCUGAAGGGCUUCUGAAUCCCAUGGGAGAAGACGAUGACGAUUUCGAAUCUAGCUUCGUCAUAGACAAGAAUUUAGCUACUGGUUUGUGCAUUGUCGACGAUGAGUAUGGGGCAUGCCCUGAGCUGACCCCUGACUGCUUCACUGAUCCUGAAUAUAAUCCGGUGUACACUGAAGAUGGCGGCUAUGGAGUCUUAACCGGAUCAGCUGAGCAGCACAGCCUUCUUCUUCGACCACCAAAGAAGAGAUGGAGUUCAAUGUUCAAUCAUCUUCAACUAGAGGUGCACUUGACUGCAAAAGAUCUUUCAGAACGAUUGAUAAGGAGUAGUUUAAUGUUGAUAAUAUCGGGCCCAUCUCUUUGUUUUGUCAAUAAAGCGUCCAGCUUCUAG